ACUUAGCUCUUUUCUCAAAAUUAUUUAACAUAAUAUCAUCAUGUUUUUUUUUUCUAUCAUCAACACGGAAACGCGUCUUAAGAACAUAAAAUCAAGACAGAUAUUAAUUACCAAUAUACUAUGCAAAAUACACAUUUCUUUUCUUUUCAGAAAACACCCAAAAACAAAACAAAAAAAACGAAAACAUAAAACACCAAUUAACUACCCACAACAUAGCACAUACAUUGCCAUUUUCCUCAUUUCUUGUUCUUGUUCUUCUCUUUCUCUCUCCUCCUCUGUUUCUCUCUUUCUCUCUCUAAGAAAACAAACAAAAAAAAGAAAAAAAAAAUUCAAAGCUUUCUAAAUAAUGUCAUAUGUAAACAGAUCAAUUCUCAUAUUCUUCACCCUUUUAUUCUUUUUCUUCACAUUUUCCAAUGCAUUUCAAGAUUUGGGUUCUUCUUCUUCCUCUCAAGGGGUAAUUAAUAAUAGGAGGUCUGUUGCUGAAAAUACAACAGAAGGAAAUUCUUCAUUGAAAUUGGCUGCUCACAACACUUACAGAAGGGACCCACUUAAUCAUUUUCAUCGCUACACUGGUGGUUGGAAUAUCACCGAUAAACAUUACUGGGCUUCUGUGGCUUUCACAGCAGUCCCAUUCUUCGUUGUUGCUCUAGUGUGGUUUUUGAUUUUUGGGUUAAGUUUGAUAUGCACCUGCCUAUACUUCUGCUGUUGUCGAAAAGCUCCUUAUGGGUAUUCUCGAGUCUGUUAUGCACUUUCGCUCAUUUGCCUGGUACUUUUCACCAUUGCUGCUAUUAUUGGUUGUAUAUUUCUCUAUACUGGCCAGCAAAAGUUCCAUAAUAGUACCGCAACGACACUGCGUUAUGUUGUAGAUCAAGCAAAUUAUACUGUUGAAAACCUUAACAAUGUCUCACAUUAUCUCGACGAGGCAAAAAACAUUGGUGUGGGGCAGAUGAGGCUACCAGAAACUCUCCAGAACAAGAUCAGUGAUAUUCAGACGAAGAUGAGUUCUGCUGCCAAUACUCUUGAAUCGCGAACCAAUGAAAACUCUAAAAAAAUUCGGCGGGUCUUAGAUUUUGUGAGAUUAGCCCUGAUUAUUCUUGCAGCAGUAAUGCUUUUACUGGCAUUUGUCGGAUUCUUGCUGUCAAUUUUUGGAGUGCAAUGUCUCGUGUACACACUGGUCAUUGUAGGUUGGCUUCUGGUGACAAUAACAUUCAUCUUAUGCGGAGUUUUUCUUGUCCUCCACAAUGUGGUUGCAGAUACUUGUAUUUCCAUGGAUCAGUGGGUCCAAAACCCAACAUCACACACAGCCUUGGAUGACAUCUUGCCUUGUGUGGAUAACGCAACUGCACAAGAAACUUUGUUACGAUCCAAAGAAGUUACUAGUCAACUAGUUGGCUUGGUCAACUUGGUGAUUGGCAAUAUUGCUAACACUAAUGUACCUCCCAAUACUCCUCCACCAUUGUACUUCAACCAAUCAGGUCCAUCGGUGCCUAAUCUUUGCAACCCAUAUAACUCAAAUCUGUCUAAUCGCACAUGUGCAUCGGGUGAAGUUAACUUCAACAAUGCAUCCCAGGUGUGGAAGAACUAUGUCUGCGAGAUUAAAAAAGUGAGCGGCAAUGAGAUUUGUACCACAACAGGACGGUUAACACCUACAAUGUAUAGCCAGAUGAAUUCAGCAGAAAAUGUGGGCUAUGCUUUGAAUCAUUACACGCCAUUCUUGGUUAAUCUUCAGGACUGUACUUUUGUGCGCAGCACUUUUAGCUACUUCAGUGCCAACCACUGCCCUGGAUUGAGGAAAUACACCCAAUGGAUUUAUAUUGGUCUGGUGUUGGUGUCUGCUGCUGUUAUGUUUUCUUUGAUCUUCUGGGUUAUCUAUGCCAGGGAGCGAAGGCAUCGUGUCUAUACCAAGCAAUUCAUGGCUGGCCACUAAAAAACCUUCUAAUAUGCUCUAGGGGGAGGCAGAACUGCAGGAGAUAUUCGAGUUGGAUAUUGUUCAUUCUUUUGUGUAUACAGAUGUAGUGUGCGAGAGUUCUUUGUACAUUAUUGUCAUUCGUAUUUUCAGACCUAGAUGGACAUUUAUGUGAGUAUAUGUUAGAAAUAGAUACAAAUGUCUCAUCAUUUCCUGGUAUUGCAGUUUGUUGCUGUAUGACAGUAUGAGGCUUUGUAUUGAGACAUAUUGAUACUACGGAAUUGUACUAGGGAGAGAAUUAGCUGCUAAUCGUACAUCUGUUAAUGUUUUUAGUGUUCAUUAUAAUUCUUUAAUGUCAUUUUUCUUUGUGUAAACACUUUUUGAAUCCAUACAUGGUUUUACCUGCCUUC